UUUUCAUUUUAGGUUCAAAGACAAUGUUUCUGCUCCUGUUGACCUUCCUUAUAUGUUUUUGCGGAGCAACGUCUCAAACCACCACUGCAGGAUCUCGUGAUAAGCCAAGUGUUAACUCCACAAGUGAUGGAACAUUUUGUGUUUUACAAAGAGAGUCAUCGGCCCUGACCUACCUAGUGGACACAACUGGAUCCAUGUCUGAUGAUUUUCAACAACUCAAGCUAGUGAACAGUUGGCUUCUCGAUCGUGUAACAGCACGGUUUCCAUGUGGUGUACGACAAUAUACCAUGGUGGAGUAUAAUGACCCAUCUAUAGGACCCGUUAAGGUCACCGAUUCAAAGAGGGAAUUUAAUAAUUUUUUCAAUAGCUUGUUAGCUAAUGGAGGAGGCGACUGCCCGGAAUUGGCAUUGGGAGGACUUGAACUGGCACUGAGGAACUCUCCGUCCAACUCCUUCAUUCUAGUCUUAACAGACGCAUCAGCCAAAGAUUACCACGACGUCGCCUUGUUAGAGAGAAUACAAUCCCUUCUUAAUACAACAAAGUCACAGGUCUUCUUUUUGAUCACGGGACUCUGUUCAGGCUUGAGUGAUCCAGCUUUCCUUGUCUACAGGGAGAUUGCAUUUCAAAGUUUUGGACAUGUCUUUCAAGUGGGGCUUUCGGAUUUGGGUAAAGUAUUUAACUACUUGGAUUUUACACUUUCAAGACCGAUCAACAGCUCAGAACAACUCUUCUCAGGAGAUUACACGGUUAACAAUCAUUCUGAAAGCUUCAGGGUCACAAACAACUUUACUGCACUGAUUGUGACUACAGAUGGAGUCAUUUACUCUUUUAAGGUUGUUGGACCUGACUUUGUUGACCUGGAGUUAAAAAAGAUUGUGUCUGAAAUUUGGGGAUCUAUGUAUCUCUUGAAAAAUCCUGGCAAAGGAGCCUGGACAAUCUACAUAUAUGCAGGAGGUCGUCAUUCUGUUCGGGUGGAAGGAUUUAAAGCUGUUAACAUAUCAUCUGCAUCCCAUUGCUCAGAAUGUCAUCCAAAUGCCACAUGUGAAGAAUAUGAUGGAUUCCUAGAGUGUUCCUGCAAGAAUGGAUUCAUUGGAGACGGCUUCACGUGCUCCGAUAUUGAUGAAUGUGCUUAUUCCUGGUCAAAUAACUGUUCCUUUGGCCUCUGUGAAAAUACCUUUGGUUCAUAUACCUGUUUGUGCCCCCGUGGAUACACAAAAACAGCAGAACAUACAUGUACUGAUGUAAAUGAAUGUUCCAGCCCUGACCUGAAUGGAUGCGAUCCCCUAUCAACAUGUGUUAAUUACAUUGGUGGUUAUUCAUGUGUAUGCCCAACAGGAUAUUUUGGUAAUGGCUCUUUCUGCGAAUUUAAUGAGUGCUUAACUGGAGUAUGUGGGUCUGGGGUAGAAUGCAUCAAAUCCCGGGGCUCCUAUAGUUGUGUUGAUCCAUGUUUAAAUCAUACCGUUCUCGAUGAACCUUGGCGUAGUUCAUCUAAUACCAUUUUAUCUCGCUGGAAUUGUGAUGUUGGGAAGGUUGGAUGGCACCGCUUUGUGGGGAGGGGAGGUGUACGCAUAUCUGAAACCUGUGUACCGCAAUAUAGCUGUGAUACAGCUGCUCCCAUGUGGCUACGUGGAUCGCAUCCUCUACUUGGUGAUGGCAUCAUAAAUGGAACAGCCUGUGCGCAUACCGCUGGAGAUUGUUGCAGGUGGAGGACAAAUGUUCAGAUAAAGGCUUGUCCUGGUGGUUACCACGUGUAUAAAUUGAGUGGAACACCAUACUGCACCCUGUCCUAUUGUACAGAUCCAGCCUCCAGCAACUUCUCUUGUGCAGCAGAUGAAGAAUGGAAACUAAAGAAUGGAGUUUACGGCUGUUACUGCAAAGAUAAAUACAAAUUAUCUACUAUUGCAGAUAUACGUCCUGUGCUGACUUGUGGUGCACGUGAUAUGAGGGCUACAUUUCAGAAAUGUCAGCUGAAAGAACUAAAAAUUAAUGUCCAUAAGAUAGGUCUCAAGGAUGCCGGUUGCCUUCUGUUUGAAGAUGAUACAGCUUCAGGCACAUUGUCAGUGAUAUCUCCCCUUCAAGUAGGGACAUGUGGAGCUCAACUAAUUAAAAAUUCAACACAUGCUGUUUACAAAAACACAUUGUCCUUUUCUUUGGACAUUGGAGAUAUUAUCGUGAGAACAGAGUUAUUAAGUCUAACUAUGUCGUGCUCAUAUCAGCUUGAUAUGAUUAUAAGCCUGAAUACAGCCAUCAAACCUAUUGUCAGUUCUACAAAUAUCAGCAUUGGAGGCACAGGGCAGUUCACGGCAUACAUGGCUCUUUUCAAAGACAGCACCUACACUGUACCCUACGAAGGAUCUGAGAUUGUGCUAUCAUCCAAAGCCACACUGUAUAUCGGCCUCUUCGUUGAUGGAGGAGAGCCUUCCCAGUUUGCAGUUGUCAUGAAAAACUGCUACGCAACUCCAACAGAAAGUCCAGAUGAUCCUGUGAAAUAUUACAUUAUCCGAGACAGCUGCCCUAGCAAGCAGGAUUCAACUAUUACUGUAACAGAAAAUGGUGGCUCAAAAAGGGGCAGCUUUUCUCUGCAGGUUUUUAAAUUUAUCGGUGAUUACAACUAUGUGUACCUGCACUGCCAAAUACGUCUAUGCGAUCCCAAGGCUGGCGUGUGCAGUCCGUCCUGCUCUGGAAUUGGGUCUCGGAGUGCUGAAGCUGAUGUCCCCGCAUAUAAUUUGAAAGUGGGUCCAAUCUUUCGAGAAGAUCGUGUAUCUUCAGGUGCUAUUGGUACAUGCGCAUCAUGGGGACUUCUACCUAUGCUCCUUCUACUGGCAAAAGAAUUAUUUCUUUAACAUUUCCACAUAAAACAUGUGGUUAAUAAUUUGUUAUUUACUAUACCCUUGUGAAAAUAGAUUGAUCAAUGUGAUUUGUGUGAAAAAUUAAUGAAAAUAAAAAAAGCUAUUUGUGUCUGCAUUUAGGGGUCUCAAAAAAUAUGUUCAAUGACGGGAACUCAUGUUUUCAUGCUUGAUACUGAAUGCUUCCAUUGACAAAGUUUAUUUAUUGGCUAAAAUGUGUUCUGCCGGUGGUAAAUGGAUUCUGACUUGAUUGGCACACAGUUGCAUCUUCUUUAUAAUUAUAAUGCAGAUAUAAAUGCUUUUAUUUUAAUACGGUGAUGUAGCCUUUGCAUGUGCAGUAAAAUAAAAUGUGUUUUUCAUUUUGAAAA